AUGGUCUCCAAUCCUUCUGAUUUAAACAUAGACAGCAUUAUUGAUAAGCUUUUAGAAGUAAGAGGCUCGAGACCAGGAAGGCAAGUAAAUCUUACAGAACAAGAAGUUAGAGGAUUAUGCAUCAGAUCUCGAGAAGUUUUUAUGUCACAGCCUAUUUUACUAGAACUUGAAGCGCCUUUGAAAAUCUGUGGAGACAUUCACGGGCAAUAUUAUGACUUGCUCCGACUAUUUGAAUACGGUGGUUUUCCUCCUGAAUCCAAUUAUCUUUUUCUUGGAGAUUACGUCGAUCGAGGGAAACAAAGCUUAGAAACAAUUUGCCUUCUGCUUGCUUACAAAAUAAAAUACCCAGAAAAUUUCUUUUUACUUCGAGGAAACCACGAAUGUGCGUCAAUAAAUCGAAUUUAUGGGUUUUACGACGAAUGCAAGAGGAGAUAUAACAUAAAGCUAUGGAAAACUUUUACAGACUGCUUUAACUGUAUGCCAGUUGCGGGGCUUAUUGAUGACAAAAUAUUUUGUAUGCAUGGAGGCUUGUCUCCAGACCUUACGAACAUGGAACAGGUCAGACGAAUUAUGAGACCAAUUGACGUCCCUGAUACUGGACUUUUAUGUGAUUUAUUAUGGAGUGACCCUGAUAAAGAAGCGCAAGGUUGGGGAGAAAAUGAAAGAGGAGUCUCUUUUACAUUUGGCGCUGAAAUUGUUAGCCAAUUUUUGAAAAGGCAAGACUUAGAUUUAAUUUGUAGAGCACAUCAAGUUGUUGAAGAUGGCUACGAAUUUUUUGCAAAAAGACAGCUGGUUACAUUGUUUUCAGCACCAAAUUAUUGUGGAGAGUUUGACAAUGCUGGGGCUAUUAUGAGUAUCGAUGAAAGCUUGAUGUGCAGCUUUCAAAUAUUGAAGCCAGCUGAAAAAAAAUUGGGAGCAAUGGCUGGGAUGUCAGCUGGAAGGCCUUAUACUCCUCCGAGAGCAAAAAUCCCGCAAAAGAGUUUUACUUAA